UGUGUUUAAGAAGCUCCAGUUUAGAGACUUUCAUGAGAAGCAGAGAGAAAAGAGAGACGGAGCGGACUGAUGGUGGAAAUUAGAUGGAAUAAAAUGUUUCUUCUAUUGAUGCUGGUGCUUCAGUUCAGCGGAGCUCUGACCAGACAGCUUGACCUCUCCUCCAUUGUCAGAGAGGGACAUAAAGCCACUUUGUCUUGUGAGAAUGUCGUUGAUGAUCAUCAUAACUGUGACAAAACCACCUGGAUCUUCAGUAAUUCAAAAAUACCAUUAGCAGUAGAGCUGGUUACUCUUGGACAAAUUAAGAAUAAGACCAACAAAGACAGACUGAAUGUUACAGCAAAUUGUUCUCUGGUUAUAAAGAAAGUUACAGUUGAGGAUGCUGGUCAUUACUCCUGCAGACAAUAUAUAUCAGAGAAACAACGUGGUGAAGAUGCUUGGGUUGAUCUGUCUGUUGUUACUGUGACUGAACAUAAAGACACUGAUCUGGUGACUCUAAACUGCUCUGUGACGACAAAUAGACAAUGCAGACACACAGUGAAGUGGCUUUUUAAGGGUCAAGCUGUGGAUAAUGACAACCCAAACAUAAAGACAUCCCAGUCUUCCUGCUCUGUUACUGUGAGCUUUGUGAAUAAUUUUGUGGGAUCAUCAAUACCAUAUCAUGACUUGUUUAAAUGUAGUGUAUCUACAGAGACUAACAAAGAGCCACUGACCUUCAGUCUUCAUCCAUCAGGUGAGGACACAAAAACAAAAACAACAACAACUGCAAACAACCGAAGAGGUGAUACAACAAUGACAGGACCUGCAAUUGAGGAUGCUACAGCAAAACUACACGGUCAGUGGAGGAUCAUCAUGGUGCCGUUGGGUUUAGCUGCACUAAUAACAACUACUGUGGCCAUCAGCAUCUGGGCAAGAACUAAAGGGACAAAAACACAGACGGAUGGAAACAGGGUGUGUAAUGAUGAAGAUGAUGGACUUUGAUCCUUCGGCUUCUGUUCAACUCCAUUGAUCAACAUCUUCUUACCAUAUGUUUGGAGGAGUAGUUGGCUGUUUUAUUAGAUUUAUUCAUUUCAGACCAGCUGAUUUAUUGAAUCUCUCUCCUCAGCAGUAUGUAUUUCCUCAUUAGUCCCUCAGUAUAUAUACGACUGAUCCACCAUCAGACUGGGUUUGUGCACUUUACCAGAACUUUCCAGCAUUCAGAGCCUGUUUGUUCUUUAUUUUUGACCUCAGCAUGUAAAUAUGGAACUUGGAGUCUGUUUUCUUUGGUGACAACAUUCAGCUCUACUGUGUGUUUUCUGAGUAUUUUUUUCUAUGGAUGUUUUGCUUCUGCUGAAAAUAAACCUUCCCUCUGUUGAA